CUGACAGUUGCUUUGUUGACAUUUCCGCAUGAGUUGCUAUGGCGGUCUUUUCAUUUUAUCGGCAAACAGUUUUGCAUUGAUGUUGAUGUGAAAUUACAAUAAUUAAACAUCUUGUUGAGCUAAAAUUAUGUGGCGUAGAUAUUAUUUGUGUGAACAUGUGAAUGCAGGUGGACAUCAUAAUAUUCUGAGAUGUUGGGAUAAAUAAAUCAAAAUUACAUGGCUGUUAUAGUAUUUUAGUUUUUGUUUGUGAUUUCGUUAAAGUGCAAGUUAUCAUCAUGAGUUGUUACAGUAAAGAGAAUCUCAAUAGAAAUGAUUAUAAUAACGUAUGUAAAAGCCACUCUGCCAGGUCGGAUCGAGAAAUCUAUAGAAUAUGUCCAUCAAAAUUAAGCAAACGUGAAUUAGAAGAUUUAUACUUUUCUCUUCUUGAGAACAAUUUGGAAUUGAAACGCACUGUGAACGGACAGCAUGAUACGAUCAAAGGGUUGUCAACGAAGGUGCAGCGGAUGACCACCGCGCAGAGGCUGCUGCAGGGUAAGGAGUUCAAGGACUGCUGUGUCGGCAGCAAGUUUGUCAUCAAUGAGCAACGAGAGUCUAUAACAGAAUUGAGACGUGCCAACCAGAAGCUGUCAGAUAAAUUACAGCAGCUGAACAUGAGGUUGUGCUCAGCGAAACAGUUCCACAGGAAGUCUCCGUCACAAGCUUCCACGUCCAGGUGUGUGCGCUGUGCUACUGUCACCACCGGCGCACCAAUGAUGAGGAGAAACAAUGAACGGUCCAGUGAAACGGUUCCCAAGUUGACCACCUCCAUGCAAUGUGAGGAUAGCCCAAUGAGUCCGAAUUCCGUGCAAACAGAAGACGACCCUAACAACAAGGGGUGCUCCCAAUUAACAUGUGACGAAAACAAAUGUAAAACUACCAUGCAAGAGUUGAAAAUGAAAAUUGCUAAUUUACAAGAGGAGCUAAACAUGGUCCACGAGGACUACUCCGCGCGACUGAGCCGCCUGGAGACGGAGGUGCUGGACGUGCGGCGCGAGAACGUGCGCGUGUCCGGCGAGCGCACCGCCAGCCUGCACCAGCUCGAGACCUCGCUGCAGAAGAACGGAGAGGUCCUGGCCGAGUAUAGGACUGCUGAGGCUAGAUGCGCGGAACUGGAAGCGCAACUAGUAGUAGAGAGGCGGAGGGUGGCUGAACUAGAGACCCAGCUGAAAGCCGCCAACAUGUCGGACAAGGUCAACAGGACUAUAGAGGACCGUCUCUCUAGUAUUAACGAAACUAAUGGCACUACCAAAUCUGCCACCAAUGGCACUCCUAAAAGCAAUAUAAGUGGAAUCACCAAUUUCCCCCAUAGAACUUCCAAUGGCACCACGAAAAAAGGCAUAACGAGGGCUACCAGCGGUGCCAUGUCCAGAACUAUGGCUAGUUCUACUUUCAAAACUAUACCUAACAGUACUACAAAAAGUGUUACUAAUGGCACUACCAAAUCUACCGCUAAUGGCAUCACCAGGUCUACCACGAAUGGUACCAACAAAUCAACCACUAAUGGUAUCACCAAAUCUACGACUAAUGGCACUACCAAGGCUACCCCUAAAGGCACCCCCGUAGUCGCCAUCCCUAAUGUUCCUCAGGCUACUGCUACCACCACUGAAAUCACUGAUGCCAAAGCCACAACCAAUGAAACCACUACCACUGAUGCCAAUAUCUCUUCUAAUGUGGUCACUGAUGACAAUAUGACCACCGAUGUCACCAGGACUGCCACCACUGAUGACAAUAUUCCUACCCAGGCCACCGAAACCGCCACCACCAAAGACUAUAUCCCUACCAGCGCUACCACCGAUGACAAUAUCCCUACUAAUGCUACCACCGAUGACAAUAUCCCUAUCAUUGCCACCAAGACGGCUACCACCGAUGGCACUGGCUCCCCUACACGCGAUACCCAAGAAACGGCCGACAAUUCAUCAAAACCUACUUGUCAGUGUAUAGAAAUAAUCGACGAUAAACCCAAUACUGCAGCACGUGAAUCAGUUACUAAAGAGUCGAAGCCUCACGAUUGUGACUGUACAUCAAACCAAAUGUUGGAAGCAGACCUUGCGGGUGCUUCCUCUACUUCUGCUACUAAAUGGAGUACUUGCAUCCGCCUGGUCCUACAUGGUAUCCACGAUAUGUUGCAGGGUGAUGCCAACGGCACCAAGUAUGCUAUAUGUGCCUGUCACCCCCCACAAGAUACAUCCAAUCCAGACAAAAAAACCAAAAACAUAGAAUGCAGAUGUAAAGCUUGGCAGAAAGCUAUGGAACUCCUAGAAGAGGACUCGCGGUGCAGGAAGUGCUGCUACAAAGAGCUCGACGUCCGCGUCAUGGAGUCUAUAGCUAAAGUAUCUUAUAUAUAUAAAAGAAAGUCGUUUUUUCAGAAUGUAGUCCCCACCACUGCUACGACUGCCACAACUAACACCACCACCACCACCAACACCACCGCUACCACCACCACUACCACCACCACUACCACCACCACCGCUACCGUGACCACCACCGCGGGCGACACCGCGGUGUCCCCUCGCAGACUGAAUGAACCCACUACUAAAGCAUCCGAUGAUUCAGGAUACGUGGAGUCCAACAGAAGCCAGGAUACUGAUGAACUGGGUAUACAUAAACUAAAUAAACAGUUGUUAGCUAAAGUACUGGAACUGCAGAGUGAAGUGGCAUCCUUGAGAAGAGCUCAGGAAAGCAACAUGUUAGAAAAUAAGAAAAAACUUGGUGAAACAUUACCUGCUCCAAAAACUCCUAAUGUCACGUCUGCUUCCACAAGAACGGAACGACCGACGAGAGUAGAAAAUAUUGACUACGACAGACAAGUCCCGUUGCAGAACAUAACUCAGACGUCGGUAAAAGUUGAUUCGACCAGAUCUACGAAACAAAAACAAUACCAAGAGACCGUAGAGAUGAGCGAGACUAACAGACACAACCGAAACUACGCUGCGGCGGUCACACAACUACCUGAAGAUAAUAAAUCCAACACCUUGCCGGACAACGUCAGCGUCGUCACUCAAUACAGGCCCGACACGGACUCACACACACAGACUGACCCCAAACUGAAAGUGCUGAAAGCAGGGCCACUUACACUGGUGUCCAGUACCCAAAACGUUCAGACUGGACUAAACAAAACAGAAAUGGUGGAAGACAAACUGAAGAGCACUCAGGCCACGGAGACUAAUGGUCCAAUUAAGAUGCAGCCGGUACAGGAUGGGUUUAAAUUCAAGGACACUGCCCAACAGAGUGAACAGAGCCGCGCCAUUGAAGAAAAGCAGGCUGAUAAAUUGACCGCGGACAACCGAUACUUAAAUGCGUCAGUGUCCAUGGCAGGCAGCCUGGCCAGCAACCCGGACAUAGGCGUGAUCAUGCAUUCAAAGUUGGCAACGAACAAUGUCCGGGAGAGAGGUAACGCGGUGAAACUGUACGACGGCUCGGAGACUGAGUACUCUAACCGACUGAAGCUGCCCAUGACGGAGGCACUGGUCGCCAACCAGGCCACUACUAAUGAAGCCACGGAGGUCUCUACCCCGGAGCUGUGCGAGCAAUGUGCCGCCUGUACAUUCGAUAGGGAGUGUGCGACACGACGGAGAAAUACGAACGACUCCGGCAAUACGAGUGUUGGCAAGGAAACUAAAAAUGAACAAGUUACAAAAACCGACGACCACAAUAGCUUGCAAAUUCCAGGACCCUUGCCGACCGACAACUAUAAGGAGAGGAAACGAAGUAUCUUCAGUCGCUUCUCUAUAGACAAGAAAAAGGAUAAAUCAAAACGAAAUAGUAAAUCUGAUACUGUGAACAGUGCGGCAAUCGCUAAGAACACUACCGCCACCACCGAGGGCCCCAUCAUGUUGCCAGACGUCCCUCUCAUUGACCAGCCGGGGGACGACAUGCGACGUAACUCCUACACCAUCAACAAGGCGUCUAACAAUAUACAACGCAAGAGGAACUCGCGAGAUAGACGACCGUCCACCGGAACUAAAGACCAGAGUGGAAAUAUAUUGGAAGAACCGAAUUUUAGGGAACUAAUGCUCAGUGACCGUAUUAUGCCCCCCGUGGGGGACGGGUACAAGAGCGAAUACGAAAAUGAACCGGCAAAGACGGAAACUAAGGAACAAGCCAGUCAAGCCACGCCUGACUUGCAGUCGAUGCUGCGCGAGCGCGCGGGGUCGCUGCGCUGGCGCGACGUGUCGGUGUACCGCCGCACCAGCGGGACGCUCUGCUACCGCCCGCUGGCCGCCGACUACGACCCCGACUGCCACUGCCCCGGACAGGUCGACGGACACUGCUUACCUCUGCCUAUCAACAAAGGUGUACAAGUGCAGGACGAGUUAUGUUCCCGGCGGGUCUCUAUAUUUUCGGAGCAACAAACCUACACGGUGCCCAACAAAACAAAACGUAGCGCCUCCUACGAUAACACUGACUUUGAAAUGUCCUACCUCUCCGAUUUGCCUUUGGAAAAAGACGUUACAGGUAAGAGCCCCGACAAGGGCAGAGCCCUGUCCCCGGGCGAGGACAAGACGACCACCACCGCCACCACGUACACGGAGUCGUACUGCUCACCUACCACCAACUACUACUCGCUCAGCGAGGGCGAAGUACCCACCAGUACUAAAAGGAAGGUGUCCUACGACAAUAGUUACAAGGACGGACGAGAUGACACUACGGGUGCUCCAAGAUCGGAACAGUCAGCAGCAAAGAUGGAAGCAGCCCUGCGAGCUAUACAGGACGAACUGGCGCGCUGCAAGUCCUUGCUACAGGCGCAGCGACCUGAGCCCCAGGGCCAGCCCCACGGGCGGCUCGUGUCCAGCGUGUCCCAGACGUCCGUGUCCGACAUAUCGCGCCCCAUCUCCCUGCGGCCGGGCGUGGCCAAGCAGAGCAUCGGCGACGCAUACGCCCCCAAGUGUAACUUCACACUGCACAUCGGAACCGUCGUGCUGUCCGACGAGGCGGUGCUCAGCUCCCGCGACAAGACGAUGGUGUUGACGUGGAAGUUCUACGACCAGAACGUUGCCAUGACGCGCAUGCGCCCCGGGCGAGUCGUACUCUUCGACUUCUCCACCGAGUACGACAUCAAGAUCACCGAACACUUCCUCAACUAUAUGAAACAUGAGGAAAUGAAAAUAACAAUCUGCGAGCUGAACAGAGAAAACGAGCCGUUCGCGACAUGUUCCCUCCCACUCCGCGACGCCCUCCUGCACACCAACCGGCGCGCGGACAUGUCGCUCGCACUACUGGUCGGCCCGCGGCUCAUGCGCAUGCACGAUGCACUCGACGGAGGGGACGAGGUCGGGGUCAUCGACCUCUGGUGCAUGCUCAGAGCUGAGGCACACUCGCUGCCCGGCAUCAACCGCGCCAUAGCACAGCAAUCGUCAUCCCCGACGCUGGCCCAGUCCACAGUGCCCCGCAACUCCCGCGUGAUGCCGCAGAUCCUGGACGACGACCGCUACAACGACUUCGACCUCGCACUGGAGAAUGCACCUCCGGUCGCCACCACGCCAGUCUCCACUGCACCACCACAAUAUGUCGACAAGAACGUCGCCAGGGGCGAGGAGUAUAGUCGAACCUCAUACUACUGGAACACGCCGAGAACCGCGCCGGUUGCCGUGAGUGACGGCAUCUCAGACGUAAGGAGACCGGAACUGAUUUAUGAUCCGAGCAACUACCCUCCGAUGCGCCAGCGCCGGUUAAGUGCGACGUCGACGUCCACCAACCUCACCAACCUCACCACCAUCACUCCCACCUCUCCCUCGGCACCUAGUGUACUCCGUGAGAAUCCGGAACAUGAUUCGGGAAUAAUUAUUAAUGACGUGCACGCUAAAAUCAAGUCACCAGACGAUAUGAGGCAAGUACUGGAAAAAAACUAUGAUUUUGGCAGAUCGGCCAAAGUAGAAGAUGACAUUACGUCAAAAGUAAACUCCAGUUUUGGCUCAUUAAAAAGUACGGCCAAGUUGCAAAGAAGAAGCAGUCGAUACCCUCACAAGCGUGAAAGUCAGCGCGGAGAAAUGCAAAAUACGAGGAGAAGCAGUCGAGCCACGGAGGACAAGUGCGACAUUAGCGACAUGGAGAUAUACAGGAAAUAUGAAAAUAUUGGCAAGCUCAUAGGUCCCAAUAGGAAUGAUGCGUCAAAGAAGUGCGUCAAGAUCUUGCCGAAGUACACCGACUCGGGGGUGGAGGAACCACAAAGGGUAAUUUAUCCUCAAGAGGAGGAGUACCCGACGGAAGAAGAAGCAGUAAGUGGCAUGAACCGCCUGGACAUCACGGUGCUGUGGCUGGCCCUCAACGAGGAGUGCGAGGCCAUGGUCGACCCCCACGUACAGCGCGUCUACGUCGCGUACACCUUCCUGGGCCGGACCGGCGCCGACCUGGAGACUCCCGUCAGCCUGCCCAAGCCGAAACACUAUGUUGACAAGUGCUACUUUAACUUUAAGAAAACAUUCGAACUGGAAGACACAGACCUGAUGAAGCUCAGUCACAUGGCACGGUGUCGUGCUGCCAGCAAGAUGUCGCAGGACGAGAGAGACUGCAUCAUCUUCUCCGUCGUCAGCGAACCCGCUGAGGAUCCACUCGGACUCGAGAGUUGUGAGGAUAUUGGGUACGCGUACCUGUACCUGGGCGACCUGCUGGCGUACAGCGCGGGCAGCCCCGGGUACACGGAGGUGCUGCCGGUGCGCGCGGCGCGCGGCCCGGCCGCCGUGUGCGGCGUGCUGGCCGUGCGCCUGGACGGGCUGCACGUCGUGCGGCGCUGUCUACUGCUGCCCGCGCCGCACGGGCCGCACUGACUCUCUGCACGUCCAAAUACUGCUGUCUACUUUACGGGGAUCGUCACUCCAUGUGCGUGUGGAUAGAUUUGUCAUUUGAUGGAUCGAUAACGGUUCAACGGUUGGAUAUAAAGAUGACCGCAAGUGCUACAUUCUUAUAUGAUCUAUUGAACCUAAGUAUUGUAUACCCAA